AUGCACGACUCUGAAGACGAAGAAGCUGUGCUGACCGAAGAUAAUGACCUGGAUCACGAUCCCCUUGGCGAUUCAGAUACUGAAGACGAAGCAACACAGUGGGAGGCUGAUGACGCAAUCCUCGCAGAAGAGACGGAUGAAUACGAUCCAGACGCAGGCAUCCGCCGACUAGGCCGUGCAGCACGCCACCAACCAGGCACCACGUUGCCUACCUCCAUAUGGCCAGCCAAGGUGGCACUGCUCCUGUCUGCAGAUGAUCCGAAUCCCUUGUUAUACCUACAAAAGCUCACAUUUGUAAAUAAAAAUUGGAAUGAGUUUCCGCCCUUGUACAAGAUGAUAGCAGACAUUCCCGCCAUCACGCAUCGGCUUGAUGAUGUCAAGCCUAGAGACGAGGAGAUUGUGCACUCAACUAUUGAGGAACCCGCAGACCUCUACGACCCAAGCGCCUACCUUUGCAGCCCCAAAACAGCGACAAGUUACGACCAAUUGUUGAGUGUCCUUGAGUUGUCCAAGGUACUAUACCAAUGUCGAGGCAGCGAAGGGUAUACUGGAUCAGAGUCCUGGCUUUGUCCAGACGGUCGGCGCCAGAGAAUGAGAAGUCAUUAUGUCGAGCAUGAAGAGCCCAGGCUUGGCUUGAAUGUUAUUUACGCCAAAGCAUUAUGUGAGCAUAAAGAGUCCAGGCUUAACUUGAAUGUUAUUCACAUCAAAGCCCUUCAGAAGAUGAUCUACAUCAUCUACCGCGUACUACUUGAGGCUGAUGUCGACCUUCACCGCGCCACACCAUAUCGGAUCAAUGAGCCUAGGACACCGGCGUGCAACCGCAGCGCAAAGUUCAGUUACCUAACUGGUGAUGAGGACUUUACAGGCAAUGCGCACGUCUCCCGUGCCCCUAGCAGUAUCAGAGAGGACGCUCCGUUCACACCACGACAAUACGCCAGCGUCUGUUUCAUCAAGAGCUCCCUACAGCCAGAGGACAAGCUCCAUUGGUUACGAUUGGCUGCAGGCACGCAUCGAAGGCACCGUGGUCCAGAGUCGGUAUUCUCACGUGUAUCAGAGUAUCAGGGUGUCUUCCCGUUCUCGCGCAUCGACAAGGCCCUCAAAUUCCUCAAGAAGCAGAUUCCACGUAUGGAGUGGAAAGGGCCCAGCGCUAUACCAGUUGUCCCGUUUGGACGGCUAUGGAACGAUGAGUUCGAUUUACGCCUACCAGGGCCUCUAUCAGACGAAGUAUCAAAGCACGCUGGCUAUGACUUUGUCAACCUUAUCAAGCGCUGCACUGUUCUCAAUUGCUGUUGGAUGGAGCAGAUGUCCGACCAGGGCAAUCUAGUCAACAGGUUUGGGGGUUAUAACUAA